ACACACACACACACACACACACACACACACACACACACACACACACGAACUGUAUGCAGUCCAUUAAGAAGCCUGGCUGAAGAAUCAUCUGUUAUUGAAGGUCUCCACAACACAGGCGACACAGACACUGUGAGGAAGAACCAUGUCAGGACCGAGGCCCGUGGUGCUGAGCGGCCCCUCUGGAGCAGGGAAGAGUACCCUGAUGAAGAGGUUGAUGAAGGAUCACGAAGGCGUAUUUGGAUUCAGUGUGUCACACACAACAAGAAACCCUCGACCAGGAGAGGAAGAUGGCAAAGGGCUGAACAAGCUCCCCAUGCUUCUGGGGGCUACUUUACUGCCCGUAGCAGACGCCUUAUCCUCAGAAGACUUAGAAAUGUCAACCUCAUUUUCGUGUCCAAAUGAAUCAGAAACCGCAAAUGAAGAUUACCACUUUUCCACGAGAGAGGCCGUACAGAAGGGCAUUGACAAUGGAGAGUUCAUUGAAAGCGCAGAGUUCUCUGGAAACUUGUAUGGAACAAGUAAAGCUGCAAUUGAAGAUGUGCAAGCUAAGAAUCUAAUCUGCAUCCUGGAUGUGGACAUCCAGGGCGUUAAAAGGAUCAAAGAGACUGAUCUGAACCCCAUCUACAUCUCCAUCCAGCCUCCUUCCAUGGAGAUACUGGAAAAACGCCUGAGGGACAGACAGACGGAGUCGGAGGAGAGUUUACAGAAGCGCCUGGAAGCAGCACGAAUUGAUAUGGAGCUCAGCAAGGAGCCCGGGGUGUUUGAUAUCGUUAUCAUCAACGAUGACUUGGAGCGCGCCUAUGAGGAAUUAAAAGAUAUCCUCAAUGAAGAAAUUCAAAAGGUUCAGGAAGCCAAAUCAUAACGCGGAAACAACAGUCCGGCUUUUCUUCUUCUGGACAGAAGAACCAACACCUGUGAUUCUGAUCCGAACGACAACUUCAAACACCGAAAUAAACUAUCACCUGGAGAAAGGUUUACUUUU